UGGGAACUCUCAAGAUAGAGAACGAGAGUUUUCAAGACAUCUCGAAUGGGACGAAAAAACGGGACGCCCUAUUUAUAAAAAUCGAGAACCUGAAUGGGAUGAGCGAAGUAAUCGGUCGCUACCUAAAGAAUUGAGGGAAAAAGAAUUUGACGAGAGAAGUGAGAGAAGUGAGAGAAGCAUACGAUUAUUACAAAAAGAAAACAGAGAUAGCGACUGGGAUGAUAGAUCUAGUUUAGCGUCGCCAAGAGAUAGGAGAAUAUUUGAACAUGAAGAUAAAUCUCAUCGUCUUCGAGUAAAAGACUCGAAGGAGAGUUUAAACGAUAGGAGAACAUCACGAGUUAGAGAUUCGGAAUGGGAUGAGAGAGGUCAAAGAAUCCCAAGAGAUUCGCGCAAAAAUGAAUGGGAUAGUAGAGGGCCACGACCAUCACCAAAAAAUCAUUGGGAAAAUCACUGGGAUGAAAGAAUUAGACGCCCUUCUCCGAAGGACAUGGAAUGGAACAAUAGUAGGUCAAGAGGAAUGGAAUGGAACAAUAAUGGGAGACGAAUGUCAAAAGACAGUAAUUGGACUGAAACAACUGAUAGAGAAACAUACAGUGAAGGUCCGUAUGAUGAUAACGAUAGUGUCAGUGAAUUCGAGCUCGCUCAAUCACGAGAAAACUAUAAAGAAAAGAGAUCUAUGAGUGAACCGAUGGAGCGAAUGGGCUCUCCCCUCCGUCCUUUACAGAAAGAGUCCCAGAAAACGGAAAGAGUCGUCUCUCCACCUCAUGUUACACAUCGAGCAAUGGACUUGGAUGAACGAGAAUUCAAAAAUUUAAAUGAGGUCGCAGAUGUCACGGAAAAUUCAUUGAACGAAGAAUCCACUUCAGAUAAUUUAGUAGAAAAAAAAUCAAAUCGAACAAGCAUUUAUAUAACCGAUGAUGUGUGGAAACAACUUUCGAAUACUUUAGACGGAACCAUUAACCCAUUUUUUGUAAAUCCCGAAGAAAGAUUCAAGAACGGGAACGAGGCAGAGGCGGUAUUGUCUCCUAUACAAGAAGUAGAAAUUCCAGAAUUACUGAACACAUCUGAAGGAACUUCCCUACGAAAGAAUACGAUUAUUAAAAUAUCAGAAAAAGAUAAUUCCACACCCCUAAUACACUCCGAAGAUCAGAAAACCAUGGCUACUGAAGCGAAUAUCCCAGUUUCUGAUACCUCCAACGUAAACAACUUAACUGAUUCAAUAGAGAAGAAGGAUUCGACGACAGUUGUCGCUGAUAGUUCGGCAACUAUAGUACCCAUGACGGAAGAACCGUCACAGUCUGUAUCAACUGAAAGCAAAAGAAAUUCUGCAUCAACUGCAAGCAAAAGAAAUUCUGUAUCAAGUGCUCGUGAGCGCGCAUUAAAAAAUAUCGAAAGUAUGCAAUAUCCUUCAGUUAUUUUAUCACCUGUUAUAUGGAAUCGGUUUCUAACACUUGAUAUACACUCUCGAAAUAUCUUUAUAGAUUCAUCUUUUCCUGUCCCUACUCAGGAGAGGAAACUGUUACUUGUAACCUUGUUGGCUCAUUUGAAUAAUCACGAAGUAGAUUACUAUCUUUUCCGUAAAUUGACACGGUUAUCCAAAGAAAUUUCGUUAAAAAACAGAGAACUUGCCGAUGAUAUUUGGGAAUAUGGCGAAAGAUUUGGGGAAUUAAUGAACGCCUUAAUAGGAUUCUUGACAGAAACGGAAAACUCGGAGAUGAAAGAAAAUGCAAUAAUAUUACUCGCCCAAUUUCUCGAGAAUCAAUUCGACUACAUUCUUAAUCAAAGGCUUGAAAGAGAUAUCUUGCGUGUUUUAAUUGAAUGCCGGGCCGAAUCAUCUAAUGCCAUUUAUUUUCAUGCCGAAGAGAUCCUGGAGAAUUAUGUUCAAAGAAUUGAUAGUAAUGCUGGUUUGUAUGCACUUAUCGAUAUCAUGGAAUCAAACUUGUUUAAGAAUAAGGCGGAUUCAGAUGCGCAAUCGAGGAUGAAAGCAUCCGCCUUUGUAGUUUUAUCACGAAUAGUUAUGAGAUUCGAUAAAGGAUCUUUGAAAAGGCAGAUAGGUAUAAUAGUUCCAUUGACGAUCAAGGGGUUUGGUGAUUCAAGUCCAAGUAUAAGGAAAUCAGUUGUAGAUGCUCUCGUUGCUUUAUACUUGGUGUUAGGAGAUGAUAAUACAUUUUUUGAAUACCUUCGUGGCCUAAGUCCGGCACAACUAAAUCUUCUCUAUUAUUAUUUCGAUAAGAAUAGAAGUCAACCGUUGAAACAACGGCAGUUAGACUGA